GGCUUGUGUUCAGUUCAGGUCCAUUCAGGGAUUGCGUAAUUGCUCUGCCAUUCUCUGUUUAACUCCAUUAAACAGUAACAUGUUUUACCCCACUGCAGAUCUCACUGUUUUAAAACAGGUUUUUUGGACUUUACCUCCAGAUCAACCUUUUUAGCGAGGAGGUGUGUGAAGUCUGUCCAGAUCUCUUCAACAGACUAGUCUGUGGUGCUCAACAGUACAGAAUUUCACUUGAUACCUCAAACAACAAAACAAAACAACCAAAAGCAGCAAUGACGACCUUUGAUGACCUCCUGGAAGAGGCCGGGACUUUCGGCCGCUGUCAGAAGCGAAUCUUCGCCCUGCUCUGUCUGUUGUCAGUACCUUUCUCAGGUGUUUACGUCGGCAUUGUCUUCCAGGGUUUCACCCCGGACCACUGGUGUCGGGACUCUGUGGUGGUGGAGAGGAGGCAGGCGUGCGGCUGGACGCUGGAAAACAGUCGCAGGCUGACGGUGCCGCUGGUCAACAACUCCGGAGUGCUGCAGCAGAGCAGCUGUAAGCAGUACGAGGUGGACUGGAACACCACAGCCCUCACCUGUGACACACAGGAACUGAACCUGACCGAGGUUUCAGUUACCGCAUGCAAGGAUGGCUGGGAGUAUGAGUAUGAAGGAAGGAAGUCCUUUGUCACAGAGUUUAACCUGGUCUGUUCAGAUGCGUGGUUGGUCGACAUGUACCAGUCCAUUCUCAACAUGGGCUUCUUCUUUGGCAGCUUUGCGUUUGGUUACUUUGCUGACAGGUUUGGCAGGAGGAUUAGCUUUUUAAUGUCCAACAUACUGAAUGUGAUUGCAGGGAUUGUGCUGGCUUUGUCCCCAAACUACAUCUCCAUCCUGGUGGUCAGGAGCAUCUUUGGCUUCGGAGUCAAAGGAGGAUGGAUGACUUCAUAUGUGCUGCUCACAGAGAUUGUUGGAGUGAAGUACAGACGGACUGUGGGCAUAUUGUUCCAGAUGUUCUUCAGCAUCGGUAACCUCAUCCUCCCUCUGCUCGCCUACUUCAUAACUGACUGGCGCUGGAUGCAGGUCGUCAUAACUGCACCCUACAUCUUCUUCCUGUCCUACUACUGGUUUAUCCCAGAGUCUCCAAGGUGGCUCAUCUCUCAAAACAAUUCUCCAAAGGCUUUGGAGAUCACAGAAGCUCUGGCGAAGGAGAACAAGAGGACAAUCUCCAAGAACUUUGAGAUGCUGACUGAUGAUGAUGAGAAAGACUCCCCUUCGGCAUCUUUGUUGGACCUGAUAAGAACUCCAAAUAUGAGAAAGCAUACUUUCAUCCUCAUGUUCAACUGGUUCACCAGUGCUGUGGUUUAUCAGGGCCUCAUUAUGCGGGUGGGGAUAGCAGGAGGAAACGUCUACAUUGACUUCCUCAUUGCUGGUCUGGUCGAGUUCCCCGCUGCCUUCCUCAUCCUUUUCACAAUUGACCGCAUCGGCCGCCGCCUUCCUUUCGCCACCGCCAACAUUGUAGCUGGAGCUUCCUGCUUGGUCACUGCCUUCAUUCCUGACAGUAUGUUCUGGUUUAAGACGACGGUGGCCUGCAUCGGUCGGUUGGGGAUCACCAUGGCCUUUGAGAUGGUGGUGUUUGUUAAUACGGAGCUCUACCCGACGUUUGUCAGGAACCUUGGAGUGUCCGUUUGUUCGACUCUGUGUGAUAUUGGAGGAAUCGUGUCCCCAUUCCUGUUGUACAGACUGGCUGUCAUCUGGCUGGAGCUGCCACUCAUCAUCUUUGGAGUGGUUGCGUUCAUAGCAGGAGGUUUGGUGUUGUUGCUGCCUGAAACCAGAGGAGUUCCUCUCCCUGACACCAUUGAUGAUAUCGAGUUUCCUAACAGAAUAUGUAUACUUUGUUCCCAGGAAAAAGGACGUUGUAGAGGAGAACCACCAAAUGAAGAAACUUUUAAAAUCAGACCUGACAAACAACAAGGAAAGCACAACUGUGUGACUGCUUUUGUGUGACUGCUUUUGUGUGCAUGCUUGUGUGUGCAUGUUUGCUGCACGGUAAUACAAAGUGUUCACCUCCACUAAAAACAAGGAAGUAGA